CCUUGGGGGACGCAAAUUGUAUAUAGUUAGGCGUUACAGUGAGGAGAUACCAUCUAUUCAAAUUAUGGCAUAUUCAAGUCGUGAUGAUAAUUUAAUAGUACCAAAUUACGCAUUAGAUACAAGUCUAGCCACAAACAAAUUACGUAUUACUAUACAAAUUCAUGGCUUAAAAUCGUCAACUAUAUUAGAAUUUCAUAAAAAACUUAUUCCCAAACUUUACAAAAAAGCAUCAAAUGGUGAAAUAGUAUUUCAUCUAAGUAAUGAUGGUUUUCUGUUUGAAUUUCAUGGGCUUGAUACUUUAAAAGACUGUAAUUAUCGACUUCAUGUUAACAAAUUACCGGGCACACUAGAUAAUAAACGGUCACAAUUGAUUGUACGUGAAGAUGCUGUGGAAAUCAUUCUCAUAAAAAUUGAUGAUAGUUCAUGGUCCUCUGUUAUAAGUGAAGGUUUACAUAUUAUUGAGAAUGAGAAGAAAUAAUCUUUUUUAUGUGAUAAUAAGUUCUUUUUUUUCGAAGACAUUCCAGCUAAUAAUAAAUACUGCUUUCAAUUUGCCUACUUUUCCUACCAGGUUUUAGGUAAAUGUAAAUAAUUUAUUUGAUUUUCGGUUUGUAUCUUCAGUUUAUGACUUCAUUUACUAGUUUAUAUUUAUUCAAAUUUUAUUUUAAUUCCUCGAUAAAUAGCUUAUGUCUUGUUUAUUACCAGUGAAAUGCUGUUUUCUUAAUUAAUGUACACUAAAAACAUUUUGUUGCAUUUUGACAAUAGACUCAUGUAAAAAGAAAUUUUUUUUCCUUAUUUCGGUUUCUUUGAUCUACUAUAAGUGGAGUUGAAUUUACUGUGACAUAUUUUGACUGGCAUUUUCUUUUUAUAUAAAGAUUAAUC